AUGUCUAUCGAAUCAUACGCUAAGGAAUUGAAAGCAGCUCUAAGACAAUACCCAAACUUCCCAAGUGAAGGUAUUUUAUUUGAAGAUUUCUUACCAAUCUUCAGAGACCCAUCUUUAUUCCAAAAACUAACUGAUGCUUUCAAAAUGCAUUUAGAUAAGGCCUUCCCAGGUACCAAAGUUGAUUACAUAAUUGGGUUAGAAUCUAGAGGUUUCUUAUUCGGUCCAACUUUGGCCCUAGCCUUAGGUGUUGGUUUUGUUCCAGUGAGAAAAGCUGGUAAAUUACCAGGUGAAUGUGUUCAAGCUACUUACGAAAAGGAAUACGGGACCGAUGUCUUUGAAAUGCAAAAGGACGCUAUUCCAGCUGGUUCUAAUGUUGUCAUAGUGGACGAUAUUAUUGCUACUGGUGGUUCUGCUGCCGCUGCUGGUGAAUUAGUUGAAAAAGUCGGUAGUAAAGUCUUGGAAUAUGACUUUGUUAUGGAAUUAGAUUUCUUAAGGGGUAGAGAAAAAUUGAAUGCCCCUGUGUUCACUUUGUUGAAUGGUCAAGAAGAAGGUUUGAAGAAAUGA